CACCCGACACUCUGAUUUCUUUCAUUCUUUCCAAGGAUGGAGUGAUAAAUGACGUAUGGUUAGCGAUUCGCUUGACAGCGGCAAUGAAGCAAAACGCUCCUAAAUUCAAGGUUCUAAUCAACGAACUUGAGCUUAUUCGAAAUUCAAGGCUCAGAUCCCUUUUCGGCACGAAACUCCAUGAAAUGGACCUUGACCAGGCUACUCUACAAAGCAUCAUAAAUAUGUUAGCUCAUGCAGAUGACCGCGUCAAUCAACUGGAAAAGUUGUCCUUACCUGAAUGGGUAGAUAUUGCGAAGUGCCAAACUUGGGUCUCCUACGCGCCUUUACUUAAAAAGUACGGAACUGUUGGCUACUUCUUUGUUUUCCUGAACUCCCUAGGACACUCUGAGGGUGAGCAUCUUCGCAGUAUUGUGGAUAAGGUGACUGAAGAUGGAGCUGUGAUGAUAUUCGAGAAGCUUAUAUCACGGAUUACAUACAUGGUUGCGUACAAAGAGUUAGAAUUUAGCAAUAGAACCUCAGAGGAAAUUACAACGCUUCUAAAAACAGCAAGUAUGAUCGCAUCCUCUGAUCUUAUAUUAAACAAAGAAAGCUUUUCUUCUCUAGCCCAAUGUGGCUACGCUCAGAGAUUUGGAAAUAUCUAUCUUUUGGUUAAUGAGUCUUUUCAACUCGCAUGGAUGUUACAAAUUAUGAAACUAUCAGUGUGGAACCAGGUCUUUCCACAAAACGAUCGUAGUCUUUCCGAUGUAGUUCGUCUCACCGUGAACCCGCAAGAUGAUGAAGAGCACAGAACUAAACGAAAAAUUGUUAUGGAGGAUAUUCAAAAAGUUCUUGGGAGCACUACUAUAAAGGAUCCCCAUGUUGCAAUGUUGAAGAGCAUAGAUGAUGUUAUUUACCAAAAGAGAAAGAUCCAUCUACGCGACACUCAGAAGGUUGCGGUACUAAGUGCUAUGAAAAACCAAAAGAAUCUUUUGUCACAGGUGAACACCGGAGAAGGGAAGAGUUUGAUUAUCGUAGCUCUCGCCAUAAUGAGGAUAAAGACUGCUAAUGAUGCUGAGACUGUCGACAUCAUUACAAGUUCUUCGGUUUUGGCUCAAAGAGAUGCAGAGCACAUGCGAGACAUC